CCGCGGACAUGAUGCCCCGCCCCAUAGGCGGUGAUAUUUUCAGAAGCAGGCAGCCGGGGAGCGGAGACCGGGAUAGACCUGUGCGCGCUGCGGCUACGUCGAGUGGGCGUGGCCCUGGCGCGAGGGCGGGACCAAAGGCAAAAGCCGGACCGUCACGCCACUCAGACUUGGAGAAGUGCUAACGGGACAGUGGUGCAAGCCAAUCGCAACCAGUGCUCUGGACGAAGGGAGACUGGGGUGGAGACUUCGUAGACUGCAGUUGCAGUUCUAAGAACAAAUGGAAUUUGCUAUGGAUAAUUCAUAUGAUUUCAACAAACAAAGCUCUUGUAAUGGAAUUCCAUCUGACAAGAAAAACAACUCCCUUGUGUCAGAAGAUCAUGGACAGAAACUCUUAAGUGUACUGCAGAAUUUUAGAGAACAAAAUGUCUUUUAUGAUUUCAAAAUAAUCAUAAAAGAUGAAAUAAUUCCAUGUCAUCGUUGUGUGUUAGCAGCAUGUAGUGACUUUUUCAGGGCCAUGUUUGAAGUAAACAUGAAAGAGCGAGAUGAUGGAAGUGUUACCAUUACUAAUUUGUCCUCCAAAGCAGUAAAAGCUUUUCUUGAUUAUGCUUAUACUGGAAAAACAAAAAUAACAGAUGAUAAUGUGGAAAUGUUCUUCCAGUUGUCAUCAUUUCUUCAAGUUUCCUUCCUAUCCAAAGCUUGCAGUGACUUUUUAAUAAAAAGCAUUAAUCUUGUCAAUUGUUUACAUUUAUUAUCUAUUUCAGAUAGCUAUGGCUGUACUCAUUUGUUUGAUCAUGCAUUGUACUUUGUACAGCAUCAUUUUUCUUUAUUAUUUAAAUCUACUGAUUUCUUAGAAAUAAAUUUUGGAGCACUACAAAAAUGUCUGGAAUCAGAUGAAUUAAAUGUUCCAGAAGAAGAAAUGGUACUGAAAGUUGUUCUUAGUUGGACUAAGCAUAACUUAGAAUCAAGGCAAAAGCAUUUGCCACAUUUGCUUGCAAAAGUAAGAUUACAUCAGUUAUCUGAAGAUACACUUCAAGACUGUCUGCUGAAUGAAGAAUGUUUACUCAAAAGCACAAAUUGUUUUGACAUAAUCAUGGAUGCAAUUAAGUGUGUACAAGGUUCUAGUGGACUUUUCCCAGAUGCUCGACCAUCCACAACUGAAAAAUAUAUAUUCAUACAUAAAACGGAGGAAAAUGGAGAAAAUCAGUAUACAUUUUGCUAUAAUAUUAAAACUGAUUCAUGGAAAAUAUUACCACAGUCACACCUGAUUGAUUUGCCAGGGUCUAGUCUGUCUACUUACGGAGAGAAAAUAUUCCUGACAGGUGGUUGUAAAGGGAAGUGUUGUAGAAAGAUUCGACUUCAUAUUGCUGAGACUUAUCAUGAUGCUACUGAUCAAACCUGGUGCUACUGUCCAGUCAAAAAUGAUUUCAUUUUAGUAUCAACUAUGAAAACACCAAGAACAAUGCAUACAUCAGUUAUGGCUCUCAAUAAAUUAUUUGUCAUAGGUGGAAAGACUAGAGGAUCUCAGGACAUUAAAAGUCUCUUAGAUGUUGAAUCUUAUAACCCUCUUUCCAAAGAAUGGGUAUCUGUUAGCCCUCUACCUAGGGGCAUAUAUUAUCCCGAAGCAAGUGCAUGCCAAAAUGUAAUUUACGUUCUUGGAUCAGAAGUAGAGAUUACAGAUGCCUUUAACCCAUCACUUGAUUGCUUCUUUAAAUAUAAUGCUAUAACUGAUCAGUGGUCUGAACUAGUAGCAGAGUUUGGGCAAUUUUUUCAUGCUACACUAAUUAAAGCUGUCCCAGUAAACUGUACACUGUAUAUAUGUGAUCUUUCCACCUAUAAGGUAUAUAGUUUUUGUCCAGAUACUUGUGUUUGGAAGGGUGAAGGAUCUUUUGAGUGUGCAGGCUUUAAUGCAGGCGCAAUUGGAAUUGAAGAUAAGAUUUAUAUCUUAGGUGGCGAUUACGCACCAGAUGAAAUCACAGAUGAAGUGCAGGUCUACCACAGUAGCAGGUCAGAGUGGGAAGAAGUUUCUCCAAUGCCCAGAGCCUUAACUGAAUUUUACUGUCAGGUUAUUCAGUUCAAUAAAUACAGGGAUCCAUGGUUUUCUAAUCAUUUCUAAAAGUAAUAUAUGCUUGGAGAUUCUAAAACUAUUCCAGUUCCUGCAACCUGCAAUAAAUGUGUUUACCAUAAUGAUUGAUGAAAAGGUCUAUCUUAAUAAAAUAAAAUCUUUCUGCUAUUAUAGAAUUACUAUGUAUGUAUGAUAUCUAUGAAUAACAGUUCCUGGAAACUUAAAAUAUAAAAUACAUUUUACCUAAAAUUAUAUUAAAUAUAAUCUUGAAAAUCCAGACUACUUAGUAUUUUCAUGUUAAGUUCUUUAUGAAAAUCUUUUAAAAAUGAAAGUUAACAGAUUUGGACUAUGUAUACAGGGAAAUCUCUUGAGGCAGUAAAAAUUAUAUUAUGUGACAUGAAAGAUAAAAGUUUUAAUCUCAUCUUGAUUCUCAAGUUAUAAGAAUUAUUGAAUUUCUAACCUUUCUGAUCACUGGUCAACUUCUUUUAAAUACCCUUACCAUUAUCUUAUCUCUUACCAUUAUUUUGGUCAAAUUUUUUUCAAAAAUGUAUAUGUGCUGCCAAAGCAAGCACAGAAAUUUUUCAAAAAUGCAGUAUAUUUCUCCACUUUUCUACACAGUGCACUAAAUAAAAUUUAGCUUUAUUUAUGAUUCAACUCUUCAUUAAGAGUAUAUUGUACAGCCACUGCCUGCUUCACAAAUGCAAGGUCCUGAGUUUGAUCCCCAGUACCAAAAAAAAAAAAGGAUAUUGUACAAUAGUACUCCAUUGGUAGUUACUUAAAUCUUUAAAAAUUGCUUAUUCUAUUGGUUUUCAGUGUCAGUUGAUUUCAAUGUUUAGUAGUACCAUAUCUCUCUUCUUUUCUGGUUCAGUUUUAGUAAAUUAAAAUUCUUCAUGUACUCUGUAGCUUUAAAUUACACCUCUCCUGAGUUUGUCUUAACAUAUAAGCCAUUGAAUGACAUUCUUGGAUUUGGAGAUGAAGUCUUAAAAUACUUUUCCCAUAUCAAUGCCAGCUUCCAAUGAAAUUAGGUAUAGAGAAAAUUUUGGUCUCCACAUUAGUGGGUCAUUAUUGUUCCAUUUCUUAAACUUUACUGAAAUCUGAGCUACAAUAAGAAAUUUCUGGAUUUAAUUUUUACCAUGUAAGUUUUCUUUGAUAACAUAUACCAACUAUGAAGCACCAUGUGGCUUACUACUUCAAGAAAUUAUUCAUAGUGAAUUAUUUUCUAAAUUUAAAGUAUGACUAGGCUUUUGGUAUUGGUAGUAAUGUUCACAACCUGCAUCUGCUUAGAUGUUUUGUCUUCACCUCCAAAGUAUCAAUCUUCUUUGUUUUCAGCUAGAUCUGCCUCACAAAAGGGUGUGUUUCUUUAAGCAAUUUAAAAGAUGUGGUAUUUUAGGUUUUAAGAUCCCUAAUUUAAUCUCAGGUAAUGUGUAGAUUGUAUUUCUCUGGAACCAAAUGUAGUUCACUGAGAAGUAAAUGUUACUCAGUAAAUGUAAAAUGAAAAUAUACCUAAAUGAAGGUCCUUUUACUUUACCAUAUACAUUUUUGCAAACAUAAGUUAAAAUAUAUUUUUCAAAAUUGAACAAAAUAUUAGAGUAAAAUUUUUUGUAGUUCCAAAAUCAGGGACUAUCUCUAAUUAGAUGACAGCUAUAUAGUGUUCUAUAGAAUUUGUGGCCUUCCCCAUGUAAGCACGUUUAGUGGACUGCCCUUUCCUCUAUAUGUGUGUUUAAGAAAAAAAAAGUAAGCAUUUUAAUAGACUAUGUUUAAAAUAAAUAUUAUAAUCACUGACUGGCAAUUGUUCAUCUCUUCCAGAAAAAACUAAAGCAAAAUUGAAUCCCUUCCUGAUACUGUUUCAUUAUCAUAUCAUCUUGAUUUCCACCAUUCAUAUCAUUGACCAUUGAUUUAUGGUAAUGUCCUAGAAAUAUUCUUGUUGUUAAGACCUAGGUGGCUCCCUCUGCAUUUCAUUUAAUACCUUUGCUAAUACACUAAGUCCCUGACUUACAAACGAGUUCUGUACUAGAACAUUCAUAAGUCAGACACGUUCUUAAGUCCAACAAAGUGAGUCAUAUACCUUUGACACAAAUGUAAGUUGUGUAUUGGUUUGCACUUCUUAGCAGUCCAUUCCACAUUGCCACUGCUCUUCCUCUUGCUUCCAGACAUCUUGGGCUCUGAUUGAGCACUCCGAUGGAGUGCUAUUGCACUAUACAGUAAGCACACAGCAGCACAACUAUGACAUGUCCAGCAGACAUGUGAGCUACUUCCGAGACUUGCUUACAUUUACAAAUAUUCAUAAUGUGAGGUCCAUUUACGUGUGAAAGAUCGCAACUUGAAUGUUCAUAAGUCAGGGACUUACUAUACAGACUUUCUGCUGUAGUUGCUACAAUUGCUAUGAGUUACUUUUAAAUUAUUUUAUCUUUUAAUUACUGCCAUCCCUUUAUAUCUGCAGCUUUGUGUUCUCCAGCUAUCUCUGUGAGGGAAAUACUCUGUCUCAUCAUACAGCUCCAAAAUCUUUUGUUUAGUUUGUUUUUUCUCUGUCACCAUAGCAAUUGGUACCAGGCUUGGCUCCGCUGAUAUCCUCUCUAAUUUUGUAUCUCCUUGUAGAACUUUUAUUUGGAAAAUGGUUAUGUCUUUAGAAGCCUGUAGGAACCAAACCACAAGUUGUCAGUGACUGUAUUGGUUAUACCUUGUAGUUUUGCCUAUCACUGUGGCUUUGGUAAGAGCAAUUAUCAUCCUGGCCUUACUCUUCAUUCUUCAUUUCUGUCACGCAAAUCUCAGUGGUUCCUUGUCUAUUCUAAUUACCUCCAGAAGGAGCUAUGUUUCCUGUCUCUAAAUUUAGGUAAAAGAAAAUAAUAUCUUUUUAUGGCUUUUUCCCUUUGACUUUUUUUUAAAGUUUAUUUUCCUUUUAUUUUACUCUUCAGCCAGUGAUACACUAAGAACAAGACAAUUGUGCUUAUUAUCCAGAUUGUUGUUGAUUGUAUAGAAGUUUUCUGUUUAAUAUUUCUAAAUCCAUUAUUGUUUUGCUACACUACAUUUGGAUUAUGCAUACAAAAAUGUUUGAAUACUGUAAUAUCUUUUAAAAUGAAAAGUAGGUGUAUGACAUUACUAAAUAUAAAAAGAUUAAAUUUAACAUGAGAUAAUUUCAAAAUUAAUAGUUAUUCCUAGAGCAAUCUCCAAACUUGGGUUAAAAUGUGGUACAUUUUUUGUUCAUUUUAUAGCCAUUGGGACUCAGUAGUGUGAAGGUUGUUUGCAUAGUCAAAAUUAACUAAAUUCUCUUAAAAUUUCACUGCAGUAUAGAGAAAGAGGUCUUUAUUACAGCAGUACAUUAUACUGUGGAAGCUAGAUUACUUGAAAGCAAUCUUAUACUGAAAUAUGAUUCCAUUCUCCCAAAUACUAAGAAGGGCCAGUGGAUGUGUGUUCAGUGUGCUUAGCUACUUGAAAGUAAGGUAGGCUACUUGAAAAUAAGAUUUGAGCAGAGAGGGAUGCAUCUAUUAAUUUUUUUAUAUUUGGAAGUAAGAAAUGUCAUUAUGUAAUGAUUUAAUAUGUAGUUUAAGAUAUGCUACUCCAAUAUCAUAAUUCUCAGUUUAAUUGGAAUGCAGUGCUUUGGAAAAUUUUCGUGUGACAAAUUAUUGCCUGAAUAAUUUUCCACACAGGAGUGCAUGAUCAAAGAUUAUUAAAUUGGAUUUACACAUUUUGGUCUCAUUUUCUUCUAUAUGACUAAUUACUUCUUCCAAUUUAUUUAACAUUCCAAUUUAUUUAACAUUUAAUUUUGGUGGUUCUCCGUACUCAAGAUUUUUCAAUAGGACCUGAGUUUUAAAACUAUCUUUUGACGAAGAUUUUCAUUGAAAGAAAUUCUCUUUUUCUUUUUCUUUUCUUUAUUUAAUCACUCAGGAAACAUCUAUAAAUGGUGCUGACAUUUACGGUGAGUUGCUAACUGGAAUUUUUCCUUCUAUUUACCAUAGCUGCAUUUUUAUAGUGAAUAAAAAUUUAAAGUCCAGUAUAUAAAAUUUUCUCUGAAUUAUUAUUCUGAUAUAUCUAAAAAAUGUAUAUAACCAAAGAUACCUGGUUUGAGUUCAAUAUUAUUUAACUUGAAAAAUAUCUUUUUAUCUCAAAAAUUUAAAUAUAUGUAUAAUUAUACUUGAUGACUGAUGUUUAAUCAAAUAUAACUAGGGAAUAUAAUCAUUAGAUGAUACUAUUACACAUUUAUCAAAAGAUAACUUCUAAAUCAUAGAUUCAUGUUCAAAUUUGAAAAUAGCCUUGGAAUCUAAUGCAGCUUCUAACCUAGUGUAGAAAACCCCUCUAAAUUAUGAGACAUCCUGAACAUGCAAUCUUUUUUCAGUUUUUCAUUCAGUGCAUUCAGGGGUAGAAUCACUAUCUUUAUUUUUAAACACUUGUAUUACAGAGUUCUUCCUAACAUUGAAAAUAACUCUGCCCACUGUAAUUACUUCCAGCUGUUAGUCCUAGGUUGCUUGUUAUUCAAAUGUUUCAAACAGUACCUUGUCUCUCAUUCCUCCAAAACAAUGCCUCAUUUUCCUUCUCCUUCAAGUGCUUAGCACCUAAACAUCUCCUACAGUGGCUGGAUUACAUAUUUUGUUCUUAUUUAGUUGACUCACAAAAACUGGCCUAGCUCUGCCACUUAAGUGGAUCAAACCUGAACAGUGUUGCAGAAUCUGUUUCAUAUGUAGAUGAUUGCCUCUGUGUCAUCUCAUUCUCUCACCUAUAAAUCUCAUCAUCAUCAGAGUCUUGCUGUGUCUCUCUUCUCCUACCUGCCCCUCUCUCAUCAACAUAAUUACGAAUGUAUUUCUUAGGGAAGAAUUUUGAAGCCAAAUUUUAAUAUUUUUGUCAUUGGAUAAAGUUUUCAGAAUUUUAAAAAACACUUCUAAAAAUGACUCCAGAGAAUAUACAAAAAAAAUAACUGAAAUAAUUACAUCCUUGGUGGUUAAUAACAGGACAACUUGCUAACACAUCAAUAUUGACCAGCUUGUGGUAAUAACUGUCUAAAUUUUGAGGUUUAUCUUUGCUUUUAGUCUAGUUGGAAAAACAUGAUAUUUUUAUAGUGUAUACAUCCACAGUUAACUCUAUGAGCCAGGCAGAUUUAUUCAUUUCAUUUAACUUUGAUAACAUCCCCAACCAUAAAGGCCUAACAGGCUCAACAAAUUAUGCUAUUGGUCCUAAAACUAACAAGAAAAUUCCUCUGUUAAUGAGAAUUUCAUUAUAUAAAUAUUUCUUUACAUGUCUUUCUUCCUCAUUUAACUGAAAGCUCUUAGGAAUAGGGACAUAACUUCAUCAUUUUAGACCCAGAGCAUAGUGCCUGUCACAUAAUAAGAUGUUCAAUAAACUAAUUUUAUAUUGGACCAAUGUUGGAAGCAAAAUAUAUUUAUUACAGUUGUAUUAUUACUGCAUGGGUUUAUCUGUACAUUUUGUAACUUGUUGUGUACAAAAGAAAUUGUUUUAAUUUAUGUUAGGAUUUUACAUUUUAGAAUGUUACUACAUUGUAUUAUAGUUACAUAUAAAUGUAUGUGUUAAUUCUUUUUAUAAUAUCUGGUAUCUUGAUUAUGUUCAGGGUAUGAGACAGUUGGUUUAGGUAGUUCAUACAACUUCAGCUUUUUUUUUUAGUAUAUGGAAAAGUUAAUUAGAAGCAUUUUUCAAGAAUGAAAUUGCUUUACACAGUGCAUUGCCAGUCUCUGGAGAGCAUAUAUAGUUGAAUGUAUAGAUGUAUGUAUAUAGUUGGUUCUUGAAAAUGAAAUCAUAGAUGCAAAGUAAUUUGUCUACCUAAGUUUUUAGUGCUUAGGGAUUAUUUGUUUUCCAUGAAUUUUAAUUAUAACUUAAUUCUAUGUUUCCUUUCAAAGGCAAUAAUGCAUAAAACAAUGACUGCAAGUUGAAUUAGUGCACUUGCAACCUUCAUUUUUCUAAUAAAUGCAUAUCUUCAGUGAUAUUUUUUCCACUUUGAGGGGGAGGGAGUGCCCAAAACUUCUUACCUUAAAUAUACGGGUAAUUUAUUUCAUUUCUCUAUUACUGGAAUGUAGGCUUUUGCCAUUGCUAUGAGAAAUAAAAUCAGCAUUUCUGAAGGUCCAUAUUAACCAUGUUAACAUGUAAUAAAACAUUUCAAUCCUAUAAAAUAGUUAUUAAGAU